GUGAGUCCGAGAUGAGCGUUGGUGCGGUGCGAUGCUGGCAACAUGUUUGCUCGUCAAGAAGCUGAGCGCUGUGCAGCAUAGAGGAGGCAGCAGCAGCAGCAGCAGCGGCAGCAGCAGCAGAGUGGAGCAGCGUGCACAGUUACAGCGGGCUGUUGCAGUCAGGCAGCAUCAUGGAGGCUGGAUGUGUGGUUGCCGCGGUGAUUGAGAACGCUGCCUCAGGACCCCAGGGUGAACCAGGAAGUAGUGACGUCCUUGAGGGAGAUGUACUACCAUCUACUGACCUGGACAAAGAUGAUGCCUUACCUCAAGCUACCAACAAUAACCCUCCAGAUGAGAACCACCCACAGGAGACAUCUACUGCCAUGGUGAGGAGCGAUGAUAUCACAGAGCUCCCAGCCGAGCCCCUCCUGCGCUCCUGCGUCAGCACGGCUAGCAUGAAGGUCAAGAACAUGAAGAAGCUGACGUUCCCUAGAGGUCACUUCCCCAGGUUGGCAGAGUGUGCCCAUUUCCACUAUGAGACUGUUGACUUUGGCAACGUUCAGUUGGCCUUCGCAGAGGGGCAGAGCGAAGGACCGAAGACUGGUCUGGACUCCAAAGAGCUGGUCUUCCUGGUCCAGAUCACGUGCCAGGGUCGAAACUGGCUGGUAAAGAGGUCAUACGAAGACUUCCGGGUGCUGGACAAACACUUGCACUUGUGUAUUUAUGACCGCCGAUACUCAGAGCUCACCGAGCUGCCAAGAAACGACACAUUAAAGGACACUGUCGAGACAGUAACAAAGAUGUUGGCCACAUACCUGUCCCGCUUCUCCGCCAUCGCUGACAACAAGAUCAACUGCGGACCAGUGCUAACAUGGAUGGAGAUUGACAACAAGGGGAACCAUCUGCUGGUGUCUGAGGAAGCUUCAAUCAACGUCCCUGCGAUCGCUGCAGCACACGUCACCAAACGUUACACAGCCCAGGCCACAGACGAGCUCACCUUUGAGGUGGGGGACAUUGUGUCAGUCAUAGACAUGCCUCCUAAAGAGGACACGGGCUGGUGGAGAGGGAAACACGGCUUUCAGGUCGGUUUCUUCCCCUGCGACUGUGUUGAGCUGAUAAAUGACAAGAUCCCCCCCAGUGUUCAAAGCUCGGUGCCAAAGCCAGUGUGUAAGAAGCAUGGGAAGCUGGUGACGUUCCUGAGGACUUUUAUGAAGUCUCGCCCACCGCCUCAGAAGCUGCGGCAGCGUGGUAUCCUCAGAGAGCGAGUGUUCGGCUGUGACCUGGGGGAGCAUCUCCACAACUCAGGACAUGAGGUCCCACAGGUUGUUAAGAGCUGUGCAGACUUUAUAGAGAAACACGGAGUCGUGGAUGGAAUCUACAGACUGUCUGGGAUCUCCUCCAACAUCCAGAAACUGAGGCACGAGUUUGACUCCGAGCAGAUCCCAGACCUCACCAGAGACUCCUUCAGGCAGGACAUCCACUCAGUGGGCUCCCUCUGCAAGCUGUACUUCAGAGAGCUGCCCAACCCUCUGCUCACCUACCAGCUCUACGACAGAUUCUCAGAGGCCGUGUCUGCAGCCACAGAUGAGGAGAGGCUGGUCAAAAUCCACAAUGUCAUCCAGCAGCUGCCUCCGCCACAUUACAGGACUCUGGAGUACCUCAUGAGACACCUCUCCCACCUGGCCACCUUCAGCUCCAUCACUAACAUGCAUACUAAGAACCUGGCUAUCGUCUGGGCACCUAACCUCCUCAGGUCCAGACAGAUCGAGUCGGCCUGUUUUAGCGGCACAGCGGCGUUCAUGGAGGUGCGCAUCCAGUCAGUGGUGGUGGAGUUCAUCCUCAACAACACGGAGGCCCUCUUCAGCCCUAAACUUAAUGCCAUCAUACGGGAAAGCACAGGCAACAACACCUUAUCCAGACCAAAAUCCCUGCUGGUCUGCUCCCCUUCCACAAAGUUACUGUCACUGGAGGAGGCCCAGGCUCGCACUCAGGCACAGCUGGGCUCCCCGGCCACCACACCCUGCCUCACACACAGUGACUACAUCGAGGUCGGAGAGGGACCCGGAGCUCUGCUCGGCAAGUUCCACACCGUCAUCGAGCUCCCGAUGGAGAGCAGCAGCAAGCGGCCCCCUCCUAAAGCUAAGAAGUCUCCUGUGGGGAACUGGCUCUCUUUCUUCCACCUGGGCAAGUCCCAGUCUGUGUCCAAACGUAAACUGAAGCGACACCCCAGCGAGCCUAACGAGAUAAAGAGCAUCGCACUGCCAGGUGGGAGAGGAGACAGUGGCACAUUGCGCUCUACCAAGAGUGAGGAAUCUCUCACCUCUUUGCACAAUGUGGAAGGGGAACCUCCGAGUUAUGCCCCCCGCAGACCUCGUUCCACUAGUGAGGCCAUUUCUGCUGCCUGUAGAGACGACUUACGCCACUCCAGAAGUAAAGACGGCCACAGAAACCACCCUCUGAAUGAGACUCAUAAUGGUUCUGAGCGCGUCCGCACCGCGGCGUGUAUCUCACCUCCACACCAGGAGGAUGAACUUGAUCUUUGUCCGCCAGCUGCAGGUAUCUCCAGUUUGGACUUUGACCCCAUGUCUUUUCAGUUCAGCCCACCCUCAGGGACACCCGGGCUGCAACACAACAAAGACGGAAAUAAAUGGAGGAAGAGCGCAGGUUGUUCGAGUGAAUCAGAGCCCAUCUCUCCGAACAACAACAUUAGUUGCUCUCCAGACAUUAGUCCCGUUCUUGGUAAAGGUGGGAAGAAGGUCACCUCUAAGCCGAUCUCUCCUAAACUCAGGAAGAAAUCUUUUAAAACACAAGCAGAUGUUCAGAAUGCAUCCGCCACUCCUCCUCCUCUUCCUUCUUCGUCUCCCCCGGUGGAUAGGUGUGAAGCAAAACUGGCAGAUGGAAAGGUGGCAAAAGCGCCCUACCCACACUGCAGCCCGCUCAGCACAGCGAGCCAGGCGUCAGCCCUGACUGACCUCAGUCAGUCUGCACAGAAUCUGCCUGAUCCAGGAACAGAUAGACUUAUGAGUUCAGUAUCUGUUCUCCCUCCUCACCCUCCCUUGACGAGUGCUGCCCGCAAGUUGGCGUUGGCUCUGGCUGAAUCUGCCCAGAAGGCCAGCAGUGGCUCCCAGAGAAGACACAACGUCCCAUCGUACCCUCUCCAGAGACAGGAAGCUCCUCACGCCCAGGACAGACCGCCCCGGCCUUCUGUUCUUGACCUUAAAGUGUACCCACAGGACUACUGCAGCCCUCAUGUCUGCUCUGCUUCACAGUGGCAAACAUCAGCGCACAGUCCCGUGGAGAGCCACUGCUGCCCUCAUCCUGUUCAUUUCCUUCCUGCGCACCUCGACUCGGAGCCGUCGCAGGUCACUGAUGGACAGGAAAGCACUUGCAAUUUUACACCUAAUGUCAGCCCGCUCGGCUCAGGGAGCUUGGAUGAAGGCAGCGCUGAGAGGAGGGAGCGCAGGGAGGAAAAAGAGCUCAUAGAUGUCGCACAAGCUGAACCCACCUAUCAGAGCGUUGGCGUUUCAACACCUACCCAACCCGUGUGCUCUGCUCAGAGCCCAUCGACUUCUCCGGUGUACGUGAACACCGACUCUAUCAAUGUGUUUAAUUUUCGAGCUGUUCUGGCAGAGGCCUCCAUGCCUGCCUCUAUCGAAGAGGUCCUUCCACGUCAGUUACAGUCCUCCUCAACUCAUUACUACAGUCCAGAGGAGGACAGACCUCGAGGCUUGGUUGAGGAUGUCUACAGUAAUCAUCAUCACCAUCACCAUCGGCCAGUUCAAACUGGACGAAUCCCACGACCUGAUGCUCUGCCACCUCACCUUGUGGGGCCAAAGGGCUUAUACAGGCAGUCAUCUGAAAGCCGCUACAGCACUUUAGGGUUAAGGCACCCUUUGUCACCUCAGUACAGACGUUAUCACAGAGACGAGCACCUUAUCAGUGGCUGCCACAGGCAGCAAGGCCCGUGGCAGAGGUCAGAAGAUAGAAUCGUUGGGCACCCGGCCAUCCGGAGGGCUCGCUCCUUUCAUGCCCCUCAGAUUAGUCACUACGAGCUGGCAGAGGCAGAAGUCCUGCCCCCUGACACCAUGUUUUAUGUCGAGGACAGCCAGGAUGUGCCCUACCAGAGGCUGAUUCAGACAGGCAUCCACCCUGCUCGGCCGCAGUUUGACAACGCACGUGCCGACUAUCGUUACAGCCCCUACUCUGAAAUGAAUCCAACAGAUGGCUCCCGCUAUUAUGUAGAGCCCUCCCGGCAAAGUGGUAUCCGCCACAGUCAGUCUUACACCGUGAGAUCCACAAGGGAAAGUGGACAAUCAGAUUACUACAACUACUCUCCGCGCCGUGUCCCACCUGUGAACAGGGAGCUUUACAUAGAAAGCAGGGACACUGUUGUUUACGAGGCUAGAGACGCAGAAGUUUUUGAACGAGUCGUUUAUCAACCAGUCAAGCAGGAGAGUAAAUCCAGACGCAACAUCGCCAGUCCAGCUGUGUCUCCUGCCGAGAGCCCUGUCUCACCGACUGACAUGAGAGGCAGAGACAUAAUGCACACGAGAAGCAAGUCAGAUCCUGGAAACGGCUGCCUCCUCUCCAGCAACAGGACAGAAAAUCAAAGUGCUGUGGUAGCUACAUCCCCACCUUCCCUGCAGGCCGACCUUGAGGUCAGGCAGCAACAGCAGUACGGUUACCGUUCGGGUGCCGAGCCAGGACCAUCCAGGCGGAUUCAGAUCAAGCAGCAGCCACCACUUCGCAAAGUCCCCUCGCUUCCAGAGCGGAGCUGUCCCAACCUCAAGAACAUGGAGCACAAUAACAGAAGCCAUACACGGGGUCACGACCAGGAUCGACUGAUGAUGACCAAUGCUGUCAACAGCUACUCAGCUAUUGUGAAGCCCGGCAUCCUCAGGAGACCCGGGAGGUCGCAGAGCACCAGAGAAAAUCGCCACCACUAUUAUCACCAAGCCAAAUCCCCUCAGGAUCCUGAACAUCUGGGAUCCUUUUCCACUCAACCCAACAGAAGGACUCAGAGCACUAAAAUCAGGCCCACACAAUACGACCACAUGGAGGGGUAUUACGCAGCACCCAGACCUAAACCCACAAGAUCCAGCAAAGCCGGGGCCGGAUAUGUGCCUGGCCAGGGCUGCAUGUCCCCCCGCGGGCACAGACUGCUGUCCAAGGCUCUGGGUCACGAGGCGUUUUAUCAUGCUGCACUGAGAUCAGAGGCCGGGGUCUACGACUGAUUCUGACCACUGGUUUCAUCUGAUUCCACAUCGGGGCCAAAGGAGAACAGCACUUUAUCCUCUGCCAGACCAACAGACUGUUGUGUUGAAAGUGUGUUUGUUUUAACCUUCAGGAGCUGCUAAAAAAAAAGUGUGAAGUGAGGCUGCUGCUGGGCAUCAUACUGUCGCCACCGCUGGUAGUUUCAUAUUUUGCUUUUUUGAGGGAGCUCAAAGGGAACAAGUGAAUCAUAUGCAGAUAUUGUCUUAAAAGAUUUUGGGAGGCAUGUUUGAGAAAAUGACGGCUUAUAUAUUUUAUUUAAUGUCUAAAACAGCAAGAGAUGAAAAAAGCUAAAGUAACUGGUUUUAUCACAUGAUUUCAGUAUAGGAAUGUGUAUAAAAUAACAUUUGUUUUAAAUGUAUUAUAUUUGUAUAAAUAACACACCGCUAACAUGUGCCCAACGUACUGUACAUUUUGUUUUCUAUUCUAGUCUGCUCAGACUUCAACAAGCACUUUUGAGGAUAACUGUAUAUGAAACACAUUGUCUUAACGUGGUGUACAUGAAGCCUCUUGAUAUACAGUAUAUAUAUUUUUUUUCAGCUUGCUUUGAAUCAUCGUAAAUACUAAAAUGGCACUUUUUGGGGGGUAAAACGGAAGAUACUGUAACCUCAAGGUUUCUAAUAUUUUUCGCUUGUUUUCUUUAUCACACAUUGUAUACCGCAAUCUUAAAAUAACAACGAUGAUUGCUGUUAAGGUCAAAGCUACUGUGGAGAAAUACGCUAGACAUACAGUCAAUGCAAAUCAGCGCAUUCAGUUAGGUGAAAAAAAGGUGUAUUUUGUAUUGCAUUGUGUUUUUGUCACAAAAAUGAAAAUUUCUCUCCUCUUUUAGGGAACUUUUAACAAUGUGGUGUUUUACAUAAAUUAUGAUGUUGUUUUAUUCAUUAAAGAUGCUAUUUCAAAUCUGAACAUGUAGAUGAGGAUAUUCUGUUAAGACAUGUUAUUUUAGUGAGAGUCUUAAAAAAAAUAAAGAUAUAUUAUAUCAGUGAAUAUA